UUCCAUGUGAGACCAAUCAGCGAUCACGAAAACUCUGAAAGGAGGAAAAUGAAAGGGCCUAAUUUAGUAAAAGUCAAAUUGAUAUUGGAAGCCUUGAUGAUCAAUUUUCUGAUACUGAAGGAAGUCAAAUGUAACAGUGUUUCCUGUCCAGUAUCAAGACAAACUAUGGAUAUUGUUCCAAACUGUCCAACCAGUGAAUCAGAAUGGAACAAAGCUUCUCAAAGAAAGAACUGUUCAGCUUUUGCCAGCCAGUGUAGUGAGCCUAACAAACUUGUGUGCCACUGUGUGAUCAAUCCAUUUGUAAAUCAAACACUGGAAGUCUGUGCUUAUGGGAUGUAUAUUGUUUUAGGUUAUUGUACAGAGUACAGCUACAGUGGCAAUAUAGUCCAGCAGAAUUAUGAUACAGACUGUUCCCAAUUUACCCAGAAUCCAUGUCCCAGUGGCUACCACUCCACAGAAGCAUACAAAU